AUAUUGUUCCUAGUAACUAUGCCUGUUGCUCAGAAUUACUUGAAUAUUUUUCACGAAUCGUUUUACUUAAGCGCGAUCAUUUGACUACAACUGCGACUAUUCUCAACGCGACGCAGUAGUCUGACAAAACAAUUUACAUAAAAAAUUAAACAGACGAUAAACGUAUCUCAGUAAUCUACUUUAAUGAAUUGUCGGUAAACAAUGAAAACACGAAUUUAAAAUCGUGAAAUAUCUAUCAUAAAUGAUUAUCGUUCGCCUGGACUGGAAUUACUCUAAUAUUCGAAUGCUAUAAGCAUUAUAUUUGAAUUAAAAUUGUAUAAUAUUAGAUUUGAAUAUUUUAAAAGUACAUUAUUAAUAUACUAUACUAAAUGUAUCGAAUUUUAAAUGUGCCUUAAGGAUACGAUUGAACAUACGCGAAGAAGCAAGAAAUCUAUUUUAUAAAAACCUACGAAUUAUGUAAGGAUCUGGUGGUUGUUAUCGAGUUGUGCGUCUGUAUAAUAGAAAGACUGUGGUGGUUAAAGACUGUUGUUAAUCAGGAUUGAGAAAGACAGGUGUGAAGGGUUUUCUAGCUGGGAGAACAUAAACAGAGUAGAAGUGAGGGUUCAGUGUGAUAGCGGUAAAUGCAGUGGUUGAAGGAGAGAUGGACCCAUCAAUGUUUGUUGCAUACACCCCUCAAACAAACGGCGUUCCACUGGAGUCCAAGCUUGCUACCUACAUGAAUCGUCAAAGCCCGGGGGUAACUCUAAGUACCACUGCAGUUACAAAGCACUUGUCGAACCUCUCUCUGGAUUCGCAAAAAAAAGUAACUGCCAGUCCAGAAUUUGUACCAGGAAGAGGUCUCACUGGUAGCAACAGCAGUUCUCCGAAUCUUUUUAAUAAUUCUUACCACUCACAAGAGAAUGUUGGUGGUACAACUUAUUUUUACCUUGGAAACACACCAACCGAUACUGUUGGAGCAGAGGAAGGAACUGAAACUAUUGGAACUGUCGGAGCAGGUCAGGUAGGCUACGUUUAUCCAGGUACACCAGCACACCUUCAACCUGUGAAACCAGUAAAACCUCCGUCGUCUAAUAAUUCCUCUGCUCCCUCAACCCCACCUCCUCAAGCAACACCCAGCUUCUUUGUCAGUGAGAGCUUACGAAUGGACAUUCUUCAAAAAAAUGCAUUAACGUUAGCGCAACCUGAUGUAGUAAGAUUCCCUGAUUUACCAAAUGAGGUAGACAGUUACCAUGAGUUGUGCCCACUGGAACCAAUUCAUAAACCUGCCUCGACAAUGCUCGGAUACCAAACUUCAACGUACAAAGCUACCAGCAUUAAGAGUGGCACGCGAUACUGUUUACGUCGUAUACAUGAUUUCAGACUUGCUAAUACAAAGUGUAUGGUGCUGGUAGAUAUGUGGAAGCGAUUAUCGCAUACUAAUUUGGUGCAGUUAAGAGAAGUCUUUACCACCAAGGCCUUUGGCGACCAUUCCAUGGUAUUCGUUUAUGACUAUCAUCCGGGCUCAGAAACGUUGUUAAACAAGCAUUUCUCUGCAACUGAAUUGAAUGGUUAUACGGAUCCAUUUUCUUCAGAUCCGAACGCCCCUCGCCCGUAUAGUCAUACAAAAAAUACAAUUCUCAGACAGCAACACAGUAGUAUGCUACCAGAAAGUGUUAUCUGGAGCUACAUAAUCCAACUAACUGCCGCGCUUCGCGUCAUACAUGCUGCUGGUUUGGCAUACAGAUGUUUGGAUCCCACAAAAGUGUUGCUCACGUCACGGACGAGACUCCGUUUAAGUUGCGUUGCCAUACCAGACGUUGUUACAUUCGAUGGGAACGCAGCGAAUCCACUCUCACUUAUUCCACAUUACCAACAAGAAGAUUUAAUCGCUCUGGGGAAGUUGGUAUUGGCUUUAGCAUGUCGUAGCCUUCUUGCCGUCCAUCGCGACAACAUGCAAGCCUCCCUCGAGCUCGUCGCACGUUCCUACUCCACGGAUCUUCGGAACCUCAUUCUAUAUUUACUUUCGAACCAAGCACGACGGAGCGUAACAGAUCUCAUGCCAAUGAUAGGAGCUCGAUUUUAUACACAGCUCGACGCAGCCUUGCUUCGAUCCGACGUGCUCGAAAACGAACUUGCCAAGGAGCUUGAGAACGGGCGGUUAUUUAAGUUACUUGUAAAACUGGCCACCAUUAACGAAAGACCAGAACUUAAUAUGGAACCCACGUGGGCAGAAACAGGAGACCGAUACAUGCUCAAAUUGUUUAGGGAUUACGUUUUCCAUCAGGUAGCGGCUGAUGGAAGACCGUGGUUGGAUAUGGCACACGUUGUAUCUUGUUUAAAUAAGUUGGAUUCAGGGUCUCAAGACAAGAUAUGUUUGAUGUCUCGAGACGAACAAAGUGUAUUAGUAGUAAGUUACGCCGAACUUCGGCAAUGCUUGGAAACCUCGUUUGGAGAGCUGGUACAAUCUGCGAAAGACGCUGUCUAGGUCUGCGUCGUCACAUUAUUUUCAUUUCUUUUUCGUCAAACCGACCAGACAGUACAUACUCCGAACCAUAAAUGUGAUAUCACCACUUAGCGGUACUAUCAUUUUAAACUUUAUCAAGACAUAGG